ACUUCGCAUGCACAGCUGUUUUCUAUGUAGGCGGUAGAACAGGAUAUAACGUAGGAAUACUGUGCUUGGUGAACAGGGGAAUUCUUCACAAGCUAUGUGUGUUGGUUUUAGAAACAAUUGAAUAUAUCUACAUAAAAACUGUUGCGUAGUUUUAACAACAGUUUCAGCAUGAUACGGGGCAGGGAGUCGUGGACGUCGGACGGCAUAAUUAUAAUGAGGAAUUUCGGAUCUGGAGUUGUGUGCUGUGAUGUCGGCCCAGUACGAAAGCUACAUCCAAUCAUUUAUUUUCGAGUAUUUAAACAUUUUAUUCAAAUGCAGACGCGAGGAAGAGAGGCACGAAUAUUUCAAGAUCCGUAAACCAUACACUUACAUUGUCAGAGUCCCCUGACCAGCAGAUACCAACGCUACAUAUGGCGUACAUAAAUAGAGGCAGGUUUUAUUUUGUCGUAAUCGUGACUGAUAUGGAAGAAUUAAAAACGCUGAACGAAUUACAGAGUGGUUGCACGGAAGUUCAUUUUUGUUUAUAGCAGGGAUCAACAGGAUAUCAUAAUUGGCAAUUUGCUUCAAAUUCACCCGUGAGUCCGUAAUGAGUGAUUCUGCAAAAUGGCGACGUUUGUAGUACACUUUUACCCGAACAAGAUCGUUUCAAAUACUUUAUACAUUGGGACGACUGGAAUUGAUUAAAUUCAUUUUUAAACUUAUUUUAUUACAUUAAACUCGUUCUUUUUUAACGUAUAACGCUCAACCUAUUUGUUUCACAGUAUUCGUAGCUAAUUAUGUGAUUACGAUUAACGACAAAGUGUCAAGUUCCAGUAUCAGUAUCAACAUUUGAGCGACAAGUAUGCAAGAAAUAAAUUUAGAACAUCUUCAAGAAGACGAAGUUCAACUUAUUCUAAAAGUAUUGGAGAGAGAUGCAAAGAUACAAAAGCGAGAAGAUGCACGGCGACGGAGAUUACAAAGCUCCAUCAAAGGUGAAAGAAUUCCUGAAAAGAGGUUGUCGAUUCACAUCAGAACAGGAGACUGGAUGUCAGACAUGACAGCAGCUACGCGCUCGCUUAAAAAAAGAGGAACAGAUCUAGUGAGAGCUUCAAUUAGGCGCAAAGAUACGACAAAGUCAAAUGACACCGACGGAGAAAAAUUGGAAUCCAAAAGUACGCAAGAGUUUGAACAUAUUGCUGAGAAUGAUCAUGAGGGCCAAAAGUUUGGGACCAAACCCACAGCAAUUGUCACUCCAACAAAUAAAUCACCUGUUAGGAGAACUUCGAUCCGAAAAAAGAAAACAUCAUCUAAGCAAGAAAAACAGAUCAAAGAGGUCAAAUUUGACACUGACAAGACCGAAAAGUAUAUCUACGAACAGGCGAACCUUGAGACUGGUAGUCAGGAAUCUUUAUUAAUAGAUACGGAUGUCAAGAAGGUACCAACUAUUGUCAUUGACGACAGCGAUGUUGCAUUGGAACUCGACGACAAAAUAAAAAAUUCUGACGAUUCUGCAGAACUAGACAAGACUACAGAUGAACCGGUCUCCUAUGAUGAUAAGAUCUAUUCAUCAAGUGCUACAUUUGAAAGUUUCCACAAUUCCAUCGGAAAAGAUAUGCAUAAACCAGACGAAAAAAAUGAAGAAAACAUCAUUUCAGCUGAUACGCAAGGAAGCCCUAAAAGCGAGAAACCUGUCUCAGAUGAACCACUUACCGGCAAGAAAAAAAUUCGAGUCGUGAAACGUAAAGGAAGUUCAAGAAGAAAACCAAGUCCUAAAAUUACUGACGAUAGCAGCCGUAAUACUCUCUUCAGCAUGCCAGAUGAAGAAAAGCCGGACCACGAUAAAUCAGACCUGAACAAAGAAACGGAGACUUUGCAGGAUCAAGUGGAGGAAAAUACCCACGGAGAGACUGAUACUCCAAUAGCUGAAUUAUCUUCCAAACCCGACGUUGUUGAUAUGGCUCCCAUUGCUAAAGAGAUACAUGAAAAUGUCCAGACAUCCUACUUAGCAGAUCAAGACCCUGUUCAAGAUCACAAUGUAAAAGAAAUAGUAGAAGAAACUGUGAAACCUUUGUUAAACUACGUCGACGAAAUUGAAGUACCAAAAGAGGAAAAUGAUAAGGAAGAAUCUGUUUCUGAAAUUGUACUCGACCAAAUUAAGGAUGUUCCAAUAGCUGUUGAUGUCUUCAAAACUGACACAAGUUAUGUCGCCGAAGAAAAAAUCGACGAACAGAUCGCGAAAAUAUCAAAAGUUGAAAAUGUAGCAUUAUUUGAUGAAAAAGAAAACAAACAACAAGUCGAAGAACCUAAUGUAGCUACAGAAGAUAAAGGAAGCGUUAACCAAGAUUUAACGGUAACGGUGUUUGAAACCGUGAAACCAGUCGGAGCUAUUGCUUUUGAUACAUAUGCUAUAGCGGAGCAGGUGGAUAAAAAUAAAGAUAACGAAGAUACAAAUAAAAUGAACACCGACUUGGAACACCUGUCGGUCGAUGAAAAUAAAGAGAAUAGGGACAAAAAAGAAACGAAAACGGACUUGGAAACUCAGAUGGGAGAUUUGUUGAGCUCAAUGUCGGCUACAUACGACUCUAUGAUGCCAAGUAUAGACAAAAAAGAUCUUGAUGAAGUUGUAGCUCCACCCGAAAAGCAUGAGUCACAGACUGAAUCUAUUGCCACCAAAGAUUUUGCCUCAUUAGAGAAUAUAGAACAAUAUUCACCACAACAGGAAAAUUUUAAGCUUUCACAAGAUACAAACGGACAGGAUAUAUCUGGUGAAACAAUUGUGGGAAAUUUGGUUGAGGAAGUGUUGAAUACCACGGAGCCUAUUGCGGCGGAAAUCGAGGAGACAUCUGAAGAAAAACCCACACAUGACAAACCAAAGAAGAAAGUUGUCAAAAAAAUUGUCAAGAAGAAAAAGGCAACAGAUGAAGAACAAGGUUCACCAAAAUCGGAUGGAGCUACAGGAAAAGAAAAUGAUGAAAAUUCACCCAAAAAUUUAUCCAAACUUUCGAGAACCAGAACCGUGCGAAAAAAGGUCGUAAGAAAACCACCCCCUCCUCAAACGUGACAAUGCUAAUUUAUUUAUCUUUCAUGACUGUUUGUAAACGGUUUCAGGAGAAACCAGUUUUAGAUGUAAAGACAUCACGACUAUGCAUUUUGUAUCACUGACAUCACUUCCUUUCGCCCUCUUUGUUCAAUUAUAAUAGCGUCAAGUCAGCUAAACACAAACAUUUUUUCGCGAUUGGAAAUCGUUAGAAAUUGUAAAUAUAAAUCUCUGCAACAUUCCCUACAACGACAAAUUCGAAGAUCAAAUUUAUCAACUGUUUAUACCAUCACAAUUUUUUUUACCAUUAUCUAUAUAUAUUAUAUCACUGCCGAAAUAAGUUGAAUUUCAUGUAAGGUUUAUGAGUGAAUAUCCAAGAUUCUGGCAUUGUAUCAUUGGUCAUUGCAGUACAAUCAUUAAAUGGAGACUACAUUCAUACUCUGUAAUAGUUCCUAUACUCAUGUGAACUACUAUCGCUAUGUUUAAUAUAAUAGCUAAACUAAAACCAAGCUAAAACCUGACCAAGCUAAAACCUGAUUUUGCAUAUCUCAAAAUUUCCAUUCUGAGUGUGCAUAAAAGAUAAUUUCCCCUUUAACAAAGGACUCUAUUGUUUGCAGUGGUUUCUUCCGUCUACUUUAAUUUUAUGUGUUUUAAUUAUUAUGUGUUGUGUUACUUAUUCAGCAUUCAGAUAGAACAAAAAGCCUUUACUUGCAGCAUAUUUUACUUAUUUUUGUACAUAUUGAAAAUUUUUUCUUCCCAAGAAGCAAUAUAUAUUGAUAAAUAUCUUGCCAAGCUGAAAUUUUUAAACAAUAAGAGUUUCCAAGCCUUUCUUUUCUUUGGAAAAUUUGAGAUUUUUUUAUCUUGUUUUUCUCUAAAAUUCGGGGUAAACAAUACGUUGAAGUUAAUGUGCCAAGAAAGCAUAAUCUUUGAGACCCGCUACAUCUCAUCAGUUUGUUACAUCCAUUGAUAAGUGAGAUGUUGUGGGGAAAUCUCUCCAUAAUUACGAGAGUCCGAAGCUUAUACCUAGGACUGACGCACUAUGUCAAAUCAGUACCGUAUUUCAAUUUGAAUCUGAUGUUGUUACGAAACACAAAUUUACCAAAAUUGUAAUUUAUUCUCUUCAUUCGGCUCUUUUAUUUUUAAAAAGGCAGUAUAAACUAUCAAUGCAUUGCCCUCUUAUGCUUCAACGAAAAAUCUAUAUAGUAAGAGAUAAAUGCAUGGUAUUUUAUUUUUUAUUUUAUUCUGUUGAAUAUGGGAUCAGUAUUUGUGCAAUCACACAACCAGCAUGGGCUUGUAAAUAAACGAAACUGUUUUAUCGUCUUAA